ACUGAAUCUAUUCACACACUCAUACAGUCAUACUCUCACAAAAACCCUAAAUUCUCGAUUUUCUCAGAAAUUUCCUCUCACGCUCAUGGCCGCCGCCAUCGCUCGUGGUGGAGGUGGAAGUGGAGGAGGUGGUAGUGGAGGUGGAAGUGGAGGAUGUGGUUCCCGUGGCGGAGGAGGUGGUUCGCGUGGAGGAGGGUUUGUACCCCGCAGCGGAGCAGGCGCAGGCGUAGGAGCAGGUGAAGAAUCUUCCUCUCAGGAGCACGGGAGGAAUGGUUCAAGUUCAAGCAUGGCUGGUGGAUGCAAGAACUCUAGGGUAUGCCCCUCUAACAUAUCAGGAUUCCAACCUGGAGAAGUAUUCAUGAUACGUAACAUCGCCAAUCUUGUACCUGUGAUGAAGAAUGGAUCAUUAGAGUGUAAUGUUGCUCUUGAGUUUGCAGUAACUACUCUUGAGGUGAAUAAGGUGCUUCAGUUGGGCUGGUCUGCUUCAAAUUUUUAUUUUGGGGUCAGAUGUUAAUUCUUCAGGUAUCAUCUUUGUAACAUGCCAUAAAUUUAUAAUGCAUGUUUUUGCAAUUUACUUGCUCAUUGAUGAAUGCUUUGAUUUAAGCUUGAAUAUGCUUGUAAAUUGAGGAUUCAUUUACUGAACUGCUACUUAUUGGUUGUUUAUUGUGUUUGUGUUAGAAACAUGGAUGUGCCUGAAAAUAAGAAAUUGAUGGAUAAUAGAUUAUACUGUGAUACGCACGUGACAGAAGAAUUUCAUAUAGG